UUUAGAACCGGGGCGCUAGUUUAUAUUUCCGAAGUAUUCCUGAAUUUGCCUCGCGGCUUUCUGAUCUCACCUGAGCAACCGCCGGUCGACGGCCAUGGCCACCGAUACACAGUACUUAGAGACGAGGUACUAUAAUUCCUGCCGGGAGAGCGGAGUUGUUCCUAAUCAUUCAGUUCUUUCAGCUCUCUUCAAGGUCAGGUGGAACAAAGCAUUCCGUGAGCCAACUAUCCUUGUCAUUGUGCUAGAUGAUAUUGGAGAUGUUGAUUUCCAGCCACUUCUUGAAUUGUUGAGGGAAAUUGAUGCUUCGGACAUUGAUGCAGUAGACAUAAUUACUAGGUCGACAUGUACCUUGAGUGGGGAUCGUGUUAUAUUAUUUUUGCGGGCUGUGAGUAGGAAGCUUCGAGUUGUUGAUCUCCAGGAUAUUCUAUUUGGGAAGGACUUCCUGCUGGACCUUGCUCAACAUGGAUUGACAUGCCAAGUCUUAAACCUGAGGUCAUCUCAUUUCCGGAAGCUCAACAUGGCUGGGAGUUUUCUGUGGAUGCACACACUUAACUUGGAUUUCAGUGCUUCACUCUCUAAUUUCCGCGAGGAUUGCUUUACAUGUAUGCCAAAUUUGAAGUGCCUUUCAUUGUGUGAGACAAGAAUCUCUAAUUUAUGGACAACAAGUUCUGCACUUGCCAAGCUCCCUUCCUUGGUUGAACUGCGCUUUCAAAAUCGUUUACCUGGUUUUGAUACAUGGCAGUAUCCUACAUCAUCUGGAAGGAAUAACCAUUCAGACUCAGGUCAUCUGGAUUUUGGUCUACACUUAGAAGUCCCACGUAUCAGUGGUGAAGGUUUUGCAUAUCGACAAAUCAAUGUUGACAAUGAAGAUAUUUGUACUAGCAGAAACCAUGAUCUGAGAAGCAUGUCAGACGAUUCUUCUGAUCAUGACAGUGAUGUAGACUUUUCCAGUCAAGGUCGGGACUUGAGUUUUCUGGAACAGUUGCCUGAUUUACCUCCUGUCUGGAAUGAUCUGGUUAAUCUACAAAAUGAGAUUUCUUUCGGCACAUGGGGAACACAAAAUGAUGAAGCCAGUUCCAGUUUAUACAUCCCAAGGUCUAGGCUACACAUUUCCUCAAUGAGGCACAUUUCUCGUCAUUCAUCGCCAAUCUGUUAUGAGAAGCACUACAGGGAGUACAUGAUAGCUUCAUUGCCAAACUUGAAAAUUCUUGAUAAUUUGCAUAUUGGUGAGUUUGACAGAGAGAGGGCAAAUUUCAUCUUUAAAUUACAUUUUGAGUACUUGCCAUACAAGAGAACGGCCAAAGAGGGUAUCAUUAGUAUAUUGCAGAAGCGUGAAGUUAGAGAAAAACACAGUUGUACCUUCUCCUCAAGGAAAAAGCUAUCUUAUCAAUCGGGAAAUACACAGCACUACUAUUCCAGGUCAUUGUCUGCUGCCAAAGUGGGUUCUUGUGCAUGGCCUGCUGUGCAUCCCCUGUGCAUUUCUGGAAACACACAAAGGGAGGAAAGAAGAGGCUUCCGUCCGCGGCAGUUCGAGUAUCAUCCAUCUGAUGCAAGCCUUAUGGUUUUUGGAACGCUGGAUGGGGAAGUGGUUGUUAUAAACCAUGAGAGUGAGAAAGUCAUUGGUCAUAUUCCUUCACUUGGAGCAAUGAACAGUGUUCUGGGAUUGUGCUGGCUUAAAAAACACCCUUCAAAGGUCAUUGCUGGUUCUGAUAAUGGUUUGCUGAGAUUGUAUGAUAUCCAGUGUAUGGCUAUGACAACGACAGGCGCUUAUCAGAGUGCUAGCUCAGUUACUUUUGAUGAUUUUGACCAGUUAACGUCUGUUCAUGCUAAUUCAACUGAUGAACUGUUUCUUGCAAGUGGAUACUCAAAGCAUGUUGCCUUGUAUGAUAUAAGCAGUGGAAGACGUUUACAGGUGUUUGAUGAUAUGCAUCAAGAACAUAUCAAUGUUGUUAAGUUUUCAAACCACUCCCCGUCCAUUUUUGCCACUUCAUCAUUUGAUCAGGAUGUUAAGCUGUGGGAUUUGAGACAGAAACCAAUCCACCCUUGCUAUACUGCUUCAAGCUCUCGCGGGAAUGUAAUGGUUUGCUUUUCUCCAGAUGAUCACUAUCUUCUAGUUUCAGCUGUUGAUAAUGAGGUGAAACAACUAUUGGCUGUUGAUGGGAGGCUUCACUUGGAUUUUGGUAUUGCUUCAACUGGCAGUUCACAGAAUUACACUCGAUCUUAUUACAUGAAUGGGAGAGAUUAUGUUAUCAGUGGAAGUUGUGAUGAGCAUGUCAUUCGUAUCUGCUGUGCUCAAACGGGGAGGCGACUUAGAGAUGUAUCUUUGGAGGGAAAAGGUUCAGGAGCAUCUAUGUUUGUUCAAUCUUUGAGGGGUGACCCUUUCAGAGACUUCAACAUGAGCUUCUUAGCAGCCUAUACGCGUCCAAGUUCAGUUUCAGAAAUUGUUAAGGUGAAUCUGUUGGCAUCCAAUGACCAAUAUAGAGUUCAUUCACACCAUAACCAUCCCCAUCCAUCAUUUGGUAGUGGAGGUUAACAUAGUUGCUGCAAUUCCCAUGUACAACCGGGAAACUAUACAUAUCCAUAUUCCUCAUUUGCGCCAAA